AAGUGUCAACUAUUAUACUAUAGUAGUACUGUGGGGAAGCGAUAAGCGCUGAAGCUGCUUGAGAUCGGAGGUUGAAGAAGCCAUUAAUGGAGGAGGAAGGGAGAAGUGGGAUCCCGUCGCUCUUCUCAUCCCAACAGGGAGAAGACGAUGACGGGAGGGAGCACAUCGCCUCUGAUAUCACUCAGCUUAUAGGUUGGACGCCGCUGAUAGAGCUGAAACGUAUCACCGGCAAUGACGGAAUAAAUGCUCGAUUGGUUGGAAAGUUGGAAUCUUAUCAACCCCUUUCUUCUGUUAAGGACCGUAGCGCUCUUCGAAUGAUUGAAGAUGCUGAGGAGAAGGGCCUAAUUACACCUGGUGUUACGACGUUGGUAGAACCUACAAGUGGUAAUUUGGGUAUCGGUUUGACCUAUAUAGCUCUCCAGAAAGGUUACAAGUUCAUUGCGGUUAUGCCGGCUCAGUAUUCGCUUGAUAAGCAGAUUUUAUUGAAAUAUCUUGGUGCUGAAGUGUACUUAACCGAUCCUUUGCUCGCAUUUCAAGGACUUGUUGACAAAGUGGAGCAGUUGAAGAAAGAAAUCCCAAAUGUUUAUGUUCUUGAUCAGUUCACUAAUGCAGCUAAUCCAGAAGCACACUUCAGAGGGACCGGGCCUGAAAUAUGGAAAGAUACAGGGGGUAAAGUGGAUAUUUUUGUAUGUGGGCCCGGUUCAGGAGGUACUCUAACUGGUGUUGGGAGAUACCUCAAGAUGAAAAAUCCUUCUAUUAAGAUCAUCUGUGUUGAACCAGCAGAGAGUUCAGUCAUUUCAGGUGGCGAGCCAGGGAAACAUAAAAUUCAGGGGAUAGGACCUGGCUUUAUUCCACAGAACUUGGACACAUCGCAGAUCGAUGAAGUCAUCACAGUGACAACAGAAGAAGCAAUGUCGAAUGCGAGAAGGUUGGCCAGGGAAGAAGGAUUGCUUGUCGGUAUCUCUUCAGGAGCCAAUUUAGCAGCCUGCUUGAAGGCAGCAGCUAAAGAGAAGAAUAAAGGGAAGAUGAUUGUUACCAUGUUUCCAAGCGGUGGAGAGAGAUAUGUGAGCUCAGAUCUCUUCGCCCUGGCGAGAGAGGAAUGUGCUAAAAUGACCUUCUAAGGCCCAGCCUGCAUGGAAUUUCAGAUUGUAUCAUAGAUGCAUCUGCCACAGGAAAGUUUUCUGUAUUUUUCCGUAAGUUGAUAACACAUUACGCAAAUGGAGAAACAUAUUUCUAUACGCUUCUGUCUCAACUUAUUUUGGUCCAAAAGUGUUAGGCGGUGCUUAGUACCAAAAUGGACAUGAGGGGAACCCUUGUUUGAAAUAAUUGUAUUGUGUAUCGGUAGUGAUCGUUUUAUGUUUCCCUUUGCUUUGAAUUGAUGAUAAAUAAGAACAUUCCAUGUAAUUGUGGGACUUUUUUUUUUAUUCCCCCUAUUUGAGUGAUAAUGAACUGGACCUGGGUACCAAAUUCCCUGAACA